AUGGUGCAAAAGACGGACGUUGUCGCCGCUCUGCAUGGCAUAGUGUCAACCACACCAAACCCGCAAAGAGCCUCAAAGUCGUCGAUUCCCUCAAGAGAUAGAAUGUCCAAAGAUGCUAUCAUGUCCAACAACUCUGACGAGAUGUCCGAGAUCGCUAAAGAGCUCUUCAUCCUCCCGGGCGAAGAUGGACCGCAGCAAGAAACCGAGCAGGAGUUCCGGAUCUCGCCUCCAGAGGAUCAAGCCCUCCCGGAGUUCAAAUUCGAAGACUACGUGAACUUCCCGCCCACCCUUAUGCGCAAUCCUCCGCGUAACGCGAACACCAUAUUCUGUCAUUGCAGCUUUGGGGCCUCCUUGGUCAGCAAUGGAAGUGGAGUCUUUGUCACCUAUCGCAUGAGAAACGGCGACCUGAAGUACAUCACCAACUUUCUCUCUCAGUCCGUCGGGCCUGACCCGUCGUUCUGUCGAGAUCAACGGUUUUGGAAAGCCCCGGCACAAACGCAAUACGAGCCUCACUUGGUCGAAGUCGUCAGCUACAGCAUCUCUGGAGCCAUCAUGCGAGAUACGAAAGUAUCGUACUGUGCCCUCCCUAAUACUGGGGAGGACGGACUCGAAGGCAACAAAGAGGAGGGAAGGACUGGGUACGAUAUAGUGCCUGUCUGUCUGUUUGGCAAUAUUCGCUUCCUGAGGGGAACAGGCCAGCAUAUGCUGCUUGAGACACGUUGGUUGAUAUCGUGUAAACUGUGUGACAAGUGGUAUGAAGUCAAUGUGUAUCGAUGA